UGUCUUCUCUCACCAAGUACAUUUCAAACCUCAACACCUAGUCUCUCUCUCUUUCUCUCUCUCUAUACAUACACAUAUAUAUCUGUAUAUACUCUCUCUUUGGUCUUCCACCUGAGCUCAAAACCUAUUCUCUCUCUCAAACCCUUCUGCAAUAUCUCACUCUCGAGCUGAAAAUGUCAAGUGUUUCUGAUCGAGAAGGCUUCUUUGCCCGGCGGUGUGUUUGGGUGAACGGUCCGGUGGUGGUCGGAGCCGGGCCAUCCGGGCUAGCCGUAGGAGCUUGUUUGAGAGAACAAGGUGUACCCUUUGUAGUCCUCGAAAGAGCUGAUUGUAUAGCAUCUUUGUGGCAAAAGAGAACCUAUGAUCGCCUAAAGCUUCACCUCCCAAAGCAAUUCUGCCAACUACCCAAUUUCCCAUUCCCCAAACACUUCCCAGAAUACCCAACAAAGAAUCAAUUCAUAGACUAUCUUGAAUCGUAUGCAAACCACUUUGAGAUCAACCCACAAUUCAAUCAAUGUGUUCAGUCAGCCAAGUACGACGAGGCUUGUCGUCUGUGGCGUGUCAGGACCGUCUCCAUGGAUGGUUUGGUCCGGUCUGAGGUCGAGUACAUUUGCCAGUGGCUUGUGGUGGCCACCGGCGAGAAUGCAGAGCGCGUGGUGCCGGAGAUCGAAGGGAUGGAGGAGUUUGAAGGUGAAGUCGUGCACGCUUGCGACUACAAGUCCGGUGACCAGUUCUCCGGGAAGAGAGUUCUUGUUGUCGGCUGUGGUAAUUCGGGCAUGGAGGUCUCUCUUGAUCUUAUUAACCACAAUGCCAAGCCAUCAAUGGUGGUUCGGAGCUCGGUUCAUGUACUACCUAGAGAAAUCUUUGGGAAAUCGACGUUUGAAUUGGCGGUUAUGAUGAUGAAGUGGUUGCCCCUUUGGCUGGUGGACAAGAUCAUGUUGAUUCUGGCAUGGUUAAUUCUCGGAAACAUAGAGAAAUAUGGGCUAAAACGGCCAUCUGUUGGUCCAUUGGAGCUCAAGAACACGAAAGGGAAGACCCCUGUUCUUGACAUUGGCGCGUUGGAGAAGAUCAAGUCCGGUGAAAUUGAGGUUGUUCCGGGGAUCAAGAGGUUCACUCGCGGUAUGGUUGAGCUUGUUAGUGGCGAAACACUUGAAAUUGAUUCGGUUGUUUUUGCCACCGGGUACUGCAGCAAUGUCCCCUUUUGGCUACAGGAAAGUGAAUUCUUCAAGGAUGGUUUCCCAAAGGCAUCAUUCCCAAAUGGGUGGAAAGGAAAGGCUGGGCUCUAUGCUGUGGGGUUCACAAGAAGAGGGCUCUCUGGUGCAUCAUUAGAUGCCAUGAGAAUAGCACAAGACAUUGGGAAGGUGUGGAAAGAGGAUUUAAAUCAGAAAAACCGAAAAGUCCCUUCUCAUCGACGCUGCAUUUCUCGGUUCUGAUCGCGUUUUUCCUUCCCUUUUGGUUCUUUGUUACAUGGUGUAAAGAUAAAGAAUCGUAGAAACACACAGAAAGAAUAGCAUAGACACCAGCCCUCUCCAAAAAGCCCAAGUUUUGAGAGUUUUUGGGCAUUUUGUAUUCUGAGGAUGAUGAGGCUUCCUUUUUUACUUCUUCCCUUUUUUUAUUUUUCUUUUUUGAAGUUUUAUAUGGUUUUUGUACAAUUCAGUGAUCAAUUAUAAUGAAAAAGACCUUAAAUUGUUUUUCA